AUUUUACACUUGUUACAUUGGUGCUUUCAUUGUCACCAUGGCAGAGCAUAGAUUGAUGAGUGAUGCUCAAUUUAAAGAAAGGGUAGAACGCCGCAAUAAGCGAUUAGAUCGAAUUGAUUUCUUAUUGGAAGCGUUACUCCAAAAGCAAAAUGGUUCGAAGAGCUCUUUCCGUGGUGCGAUGAACUCGUCUCAGGAGACCCUACGACAACCAUUCCGUUCUAAUCACAUAUUCCAUGUUGCUGAAUCAUCAAGAAAAUUUAAACAGAGCAUGGCAGAAUUGUCACGAGAAAAUCCAAUUGCAAAACCGUCGACGCCAUAUUUGGACAGCUUGGUUGCAAAUUUGCCUAUAAUUGCUGCCAAUAUCGACAAAUCAUCUACUGCUAAUGCGCAGAGGAAUAAAGAAAUCCCACGAGCAGAUGAGUUUAUGGUUCAAAGUGAACCAAAAUCCAUGGUGAAUACAAUCGGUGAUUGCAUCGGGAAAAUCGUAGAAUCGCCGUUGAACAAAGCUCUUCCAGUUACGACAAUCUUUUCCUCUUCCCAGGACUUGAUUUCCACGCAUUUCUUCCCUAAUGAAGACUCUGCAAUAUCUGACUCAGAGCAUACCGAUGCCAUCAACAAGGAUGUUAUGAGAAAUCAAGGUUUGUCUCUACACUCUGAAAUUCCUCAUGCGUUGCAUUUUAUGAGUAUAGGGAAUAAACAAGCUAGUAGUCUGGAACCUAAGUUUCAAUUGCACUGUGAUAAAAUUUUGGUGGAGCACACAGUGGUGCCAUUGACUGCCUCAAUUCAAACAUGCCUAUCUUAUGUUCGACAAAAUGUCCCAACACAUUCACCGCCACCAAAACCACCAGAUUGUGCAUUAUUGAACCCUCUACUAUCACUUGAAUUGCCUAAAGGUGUACCAGUUGAGAACCACUUAAUGUCACCACCACCGCUGAAACCACCGGAUCACAAUUUUCAAUUGAAGCAAGGAGAAUUUCAAGUGACGCGGAUACCCGCAGUGCCCCCGCUGCCUCCUGAACCUCCAGAUUUGUGUUUUGGUGGAGUUUCCAUUUUGAGGCCUUAUUGCACAUCACCUUAUCAUGCUUAUCAUAUUCUUAGGCGUGAGAAUAUUUUCGAGCAAUUUCAUGCAUAUAAUUACUCGAACAUAAUUUUACAGUUGAAUUCAGCUUUUACACAAACUUUGGUAGAAUUAUUUCCUACAUUCCUAGCUCCACGGAUAGUUACACCUUGGACCCAUCUAAUUGAAUCUGCAACUUUAGUUUUUACAACAUCUACAAAGCACCGAACUGUUGGCAGCAAAUGGAACAGUUUACUUGAGUUUAGUCAUUACAUGCAUUGUUAUAUUCACAAAUUUGAUAGCAAUCUUUCAUCAGAACCAUCACCGACUGCAAUUGUUGUUCCCAAUAAUAGUGCAAACCUUGCUAUCUUGAUUGAAAAAUGGCUGCACAAAAUGAAGUGGUGUACCUCAUUAUGUGGCAACACAAUCCAAUUAAUUGAGAAUCUUCAAGCUACUUUAAAUGCAGAUGUGUUGUUACAUAAUUGUGGGGUCUGUGACAUGUCUAAGAUGAUUUUAGAUUGUUCUAAUUAUCUAAUUGUGGGGUAUAUCAAAACUGGUGUAUUAGAGAGAAAAGUAUUGCUAUCUUUUGAGCUUGUUCCUAAAUGUUGGAUGGUUGUGAUGAUACAAGUAGAUUAUGGAGAUUUUGAUUUUAUGAGAUUGAAUGGUGGUUGUGCCUACUGUGUUUUGAAGUUGAAGAAAAGAGACAUCACCUCCUAUUCAAGUUCAAAUGUGCUUAGUCAAUUUAAUUUGAUUCACUAUUACUUAUGGACUACUCAUCUUUCUAUUUGGUUGUCUAAAUUCAAUAUUCAAGGGAACAUUGGUGAUAGUUAUGGUCUUUGUGUGCUGGUGGAACAUGUUUUAUUUUAUCACUUGUGUGCAAACUUUGAAGGCCUCAAUGGUGAAAACAAGUGUGAAAAUGAAGGUUGUAUUUUAGAUAUUGUUGUAACACAUGUGGAGUAUUUUUUUAUGAGCCACAAGAAGUUCCACAAGCUGUUUGGAUUUUGGUUAUGGCUGCUAGGUGAUAAUCUUAUUUUUCUUACUACGCUGUCUAAGAAAUGGGAACCGGGUGGUGAUGGUUAUUACUUCCAUGCCGAGGAUUCUUUGCAAUUCAAGCAAUGGGAUCCGGGUAAAAUUUGUGUUGUGAUCAAUUUUUACAACCUUGAGGACAAGGUUGGUUUUAAAGGGGAAGGUAUUGUAAUGAACCCACCAAUUUGGAUAGGCCCAAAUAAGAGUUAGUCAACUUCAGCCCAAGAAAUGAGACUAUGUGAAGGAAUGAGUUACUAUUAAUACUGUAAUAGGGUUAUUUUGUGAGUUAUGUGAAUUGUGAAGUUUGUUAUUCUCUCCCUCUAAACUCUCUAUGUUCACAUCUUGUAUCCUUCCACUCACUAGAGUUGGAUUUAAUUUCCAGAAAAUUCAAUACAA